GUGGAUGGCCUUUCUGUUUCUUCACGUGCAGCAGUAAAAGACCUUGGCGUGAUUAUUGACCCCAGUCUUUCAUUCGAAACUCACAUUGAUAACAUCACCCGGAUAGCUUUUUUUCAUCUCAGAAAUAUUGCUAAGAUAAGAAAUUUAAUGUUACUACAUGCCGCAGAAAAACUAGGUCAUGCUGUCGUUACCUCCAGGUUGGAUUAUUGUAAUGCCUUACUGUCUGGAUGUUCCAAUAAGUGCAUAAACAAGCUCCAGUUAGUUCAAAAUGGAGCAGCAAGAGUCCUUACUAGAACUAGAAAAUAUGACCACAUCACCCCUGUCUUAUCCACAUUGCAUUGGCUCCCAAUCAAAUUUUCUCGCAUUAAAUUUAAGACAUUGGUGCUAGCUUACCAGGCAGUCAAGGGAUCAGGUCCAGUAUACCUCCAGAGACUGAUCCGACCCUACUCGCCAGCCAGAUCCUUAUGCUCCACUACUACUGGUUGCCUGGGCCCUCCUCCUCUCUGCUCCUACCCAGCCCGCUCAAGACUGCUGUCUGUCCUUGCUCCUUAUUGGUGGAAUGACCUCCCCAUUGAGGUCAGAACUGCCGACUCCCUGACCACCUUCAAGUGCAGACUGAAGACCCACCUCUUUAGGCUGCACUUCUCCCCUGCUUCCCUGCCCACUUUGUAA